GCGCGCGGCCGCGAGGCUGGUUGGACUCGGAGCGGCAGAGUGUCGUGGGCGAAGUGUUCCCGUGCGUCCGCCGGCCGCCUCUCUCGACGUCACGUCGCCGCGCGAGUUGUGUCAGUGAGCCCGCGGACGCGAAACUAACCUAAUCCCGCGCGCCGUACAUCUCUUGCCGUUCGUGGCGCUUGUCGCGUUCGUGCCGUGCCGUGCCGUGCCCGUGUCGUGCCCGUGUCGUGUGCCGUGUGCCGUGCCGUGCCCCGUGUGUGCGUGCGUACUUCCGUGCUUCCCCCCUAUACGCGCCGGCGGCGCGAUCCUAUCGAUCGAUCGAUCCAUCCAGAGGACGCGCGCCGGACUUCAGUCCUUCGGAGAGCCCCUCGAUCUCCGGAGCGGAGAGGAAGAGAAACUUUCCGGCCGCGGUACGUAUCUCGCUCGUGAUACCGUCACGUGACGCGCGCGCGCGCGCGUGCGAGUGAGCGAGCGCGCGAGCCGAUUCUCGCGGGAUCGACGAUAACGCUCCGCGGAGCGAAGGGGAGAGGAAGCGGUCGUCGCAGGGAAGUGCGGAAGCGCGUGAGCGGCACCCACCGCCGUGUUCUAUGCGGCAGGAUGAUGGAGACGCAGAAUUAUUGGGAGGACACCUCCGCGCACUCGAUGCAGGUGAAAUACGAGAGUCUGGAUGGUAGAUCCUGCAAGGACGAGAUAUACAGAAUGGGUAUAGGAGCUGGAUAUUGCGAGGGCAACCUGAACUUCGCGACGGCCUCGGAGGACGACGAGGUUUACACCAAGAAGAAGGUCUCCAGGCAAGAUCCGAUGUCGCACAGGAUCAUCGAGAAGCGGAGAAGAGAUCGUAUGAACAAUUGCCUGGCCGAUCUGAGCAGACUCAUACCGGCGGAAUACUUGAAGAAGGGUCGGGGCAGAGUCGAAAAGACGGAGAUCAUCGAGAUGGCGAUCCGCCACAUGAAGUAUCUUCAAGGCCUGCGGCCAGAUACCAAGCACUCGCCCGUGACGCCGGUGCACACGCAUCCCGAGGACAGCGUGGACAGCGUGUCCCAUUCGACCGCGGCCUCCACCGCGGCGGAGCACUACAAGCUGGGAUUUCAGGAGUGUCUGAGCGAAACCAUGCAUUUCCUCAUCGAGUUCGAGGGCUUUUUCGCGAGGGAUGCCCUCUGCGUGCAGCUUAUCAAUCAUUUGCAGCAGCACUGCGACAAAAUUGUAGCCACCAGUGACCGAUUAGGCUUCCCGCACCCCGAGCUGCCAGUGAUGAAUGGCGCGAUGAACGGCGCCGGCUACUCGCACACAAGUAUUCCGACGAUGUGCCAGCCCAACGGCGGCCACUCGGACCACGGCUCCAGCUCGGGCGUGAGCUCGUUCGGCGACUCGGAACGCCCGCUGCUACGACCGGCGAUCGUGCCGCCGCCGACGAUCGUCAGUGACGACAGCAAUCACAGCACCCAGUCGCACAGCACGCCGCCCGGGACCGGGGCCGUCUCCUGCCGGGACCGGCCGACCAACUACAAGUUCAAGAGCUCGAUCAAGCAGAGGUUCUCGGCGGAGAGGGUGAAGUCGUGUUCGCCGCCAGCGUCAAACGGCGCCGGGCUGGAUAAGCCGCCGUCUUCGACGUCUCACGGCGUGCCGAUCUUCGCCCUGCACGACGCCGGAUCCUUUUACGUGCCGCUGACGGUCGAGGCGUCCCUGAUCAGACCCCAUCUGAGCUUCAUUCCGGACACCGGGCCCGACACCGUUUUACACCCGGUCACGAUAUCUGUCAACUUCAAUCAAUCGUCGCCGCCAGCGUGGCCGCAACACCAUAGUCCCACUCACCAGCCUUAGACAUAAGGGAGAGGCAAAAAUAGCUGAGAGGGAAGUCCAGUUUUAUCAUCCAAUCGCUUGUGUGAGCGAGGCAGGUUGUAUUCUGAUCCAUCAAUUUCCGAUUGUCGUCGGUAGACUGAUCUUUGGAUCAGCGCCCUAAUCUAUGACUAUAAGAAACCUGCGCAUUCUUGAAUAAUCUGUCGGUCAUUGCGACGGAAUCGGGAGCGACGAGGCCGUCCACACGGCGCGCCUGCGAGAAUCGAGAACAGCUUGUGGUCCUUCUAUUUUAUUAACCGCGAUACGCGGUGGACGGACUAAAGUGGCCUAUAUACGAUACAAUUCAUUAGCACAAUUGGUACCAUCGUCAAUCUCAUAAUAUAAAUUCUAACCGCGUUACAAAGCUCAUUACUAUUCAUUAUUGUUCAUAUCUUAAAAUAUCUAUGUGUAACGAUAAUUAAAUAUUGCGUCGUGUAUGGGCCGCUUUCUGGGUGUAUAUCGCGUAGGAGACGCCGAAGUCGAGGAUGUUUGUACAUUUACCGAGGCUGUGGGUCGCUUUAGCAUUUACGAGGUUUGAGAGAAAGUGCGUUAAGGGUUGUACAUAGGUAGAGUAUUAAGGAUAGGAAGCUCCAAGUCGUUCUGGCUUCGGUGUGUCUUUCUUCGUCUGUAUAAUCUGUAUAAUUCGGACACCCGUUUUCCUCCUUCUUCCUUUUCCCCAACGGAUACUUCAUCUCCCGUUUUCAAUCCGUCUGUUCUCCUUCCUCGACGCUUAUUUUCCAUCUGCUCGACGAACCUUUCGCGCCACUACGUUCCCUUAGUCCAAAAUCAGUAUGAAUAUCGGUGAGUCUACGGAUAUCGGAUGUCGUUACAAUCAGUUUAUAUAUUGAACACAUUGAGUAUUGAACGGAAGUGCACGUUGCGUCUUAAUACACAUCGGGGAUCUGGAAACAACUUCAUUUCUUGCGUAUCAUAAGAUCGUUGACGUAAUAUGAAAAGAAUAAAAGGUCGUGGACAUAUGUCUAUGGAAAUAAAAUAUAUUCCAUGGACUAUGUCUACGGGAGAGCUUUAUUUCUGUUAGAUUAACGCGGCAGGUGCAUGAGAACGUUAUUGUAUUAUAUUACACUGACAGAAUUGAUUCACGCAGGAGUGAUGACUUUGCUUCGUGAUCCCGACAGAUCUGUAUAAGCCGAUGAUUUUCUGUAUUGCGAUGUAAGUUAGAAUAAAAGUGCCUACAUAUACAUACACACACAUACGUAUAUACGUCAUGAAAUUAUACAGGUGUCUCGCAAGAAGCUCGAUAAAAUUUCACUGAUAGCUUCUGUAGAACAUUCUGAGACGAAAAUCCUUACGUAAGUUUGUGGAAAUAUCGCGCACUCAAGCAUGGUAUACCAUGAAGGUACCUUGCAUAUUGGUUCAGUUUCUGGAAAUUGAUAUAUGUAGUGCUGAAUGUGAGAAAGAAAUCACUUUGAGAAGUGGCGCUGUGGUAAAAUUAUGUAUAAUAUAAAUAUAUAUGUGUGUGUGUGUAUGUAUAUAUUGAUUUAUGAAUUCCACUUAUGUGAUUAUUUUCCGAUUAUGUACGAAGAAAGUGUUUCGUUUCUUUUCUCUUUCCGCGAAUAUAAUUCUGUGUCACGUUCGAUUACGAGAGGAUUGAGUCUGCUCGACGUCCCGCCAAAAACGGGCCUCGGCAAUUAAAGACUGACCAAGACCUGCAUUAUACUAAAAACUCUUGUAAGAUCACUGCAUUAAAUAUAUUUGUACAUACCACAUCUAGCUGUAAUGUUAACAAAGAGAGGAGAAGAGUUUAUGCGGAAUAAAUUAUAUUUACCUUAGAAA